CGAUCGAUCCACCGACCGAGGGAUGGAUCGCUGGAGCGCUCGCUGGAAGAUCCCGAUGCGCCACCGCCUAGGGAGCGCAAUCCUGGCGCCAGCAUCUCCUGCGCCUCGCACAACGAUGCAUCGAUCCCAGAGCCUUCUUAGGGGUUCUUGCAAGACCUCCAAAAUGGCGAUCCGAUUCGUCCUUCUGGUGAACAAGCAGGGCCAGACGCGAUUGGCGCAGUACUACGAGCAGCUCACGAUCGACGAGCGCCGGGCGCUGGAAGGCGAGAUCGUCCGCAAAUGCUUGGCGCGCACGGAGAAUCAGUGUUCGUUUGUAGAGCAUCGGAAUUACAAGGUCGUGUAUCGGCGCUACGCCUCCCUCUUCUUCCUCAUUGGAGUGGACAGCGAAGAGAACGAGCUAGCGAUUCUGGAGUUCAUCCAUUGCGUGGUGGAGACGAUGGAUCGCUACUUCGGCAAUGUGUGCGAGCUCGAUAUCAUGUACCACUUGGAGAAAGCCCACUUCAUCCUCGAAGAAAUGGUGAUGAAUGGCUGCAUUGUAGAGACCAACAAGAGCAAUAUCCUGGGGCCUAUACAGCUUAUGGACAAAUCCUUCUAGUAAAAAGUACGCGGUGCUUUUUCUUGUCUUUUUACCCCGAGGUAGAUUUCACGCUGCCACGAAUUGGAAAUCUCGACGUGCUUGGUCGUUUUUGCCAGCGACUGCUAAAUAAGUAUGGGGAUUGAAGA